CUUGCGCCUGCGCGCUGCCGCCGUUGAGGGCUUUGUAGUCGCCUCUGAGUGACGUUAGGUCUCUCUUUCCGGCCUGGGCUCGCGGCGUGUGAGGAGGUGAGGCGAGGCCUGCUCCGUGUUCCCGGGCGGGCGGACGGGCCGUGAUUUCUCCCUCGCUGAGGUGGCCGGUUGAAAGCGGGGGGGGCAGGGGGUGAGGCGCGUACUCGGUUGAGCUGAUUCCUCCGCCCGCCCCCAGCUUCCCCUCUUCCCGGGGGUCACCUGCUUCCUCUGCCCUGAGGUGGGAGGCCCAGGGGGUGAGGGGACAUGAAGGAGACCCUUUUCAUAUACAGUGGUACCUCGGGUUACAUACGCUUCAGGUUACAGACUUGGCUAACCCAGAAAUAUUACCUCGGGUUAAGAACUUUGCUUCAGGAUGAGAACAGAAAUCGUGCUCCGGCGAUUGCCAAAAAGCAGAAUUUCAUAGUGAAUUUGCUCGGUAGACAUAUCCAAGGAAUUUUGAAAAAAUAGAAAUUAGAGUUUAUUGUGGGGCUUUUGUGUGUACCUUACCUGUGUUGCAAGAAGUGAAUCCAGGUAGCAGAGCAUCUGCUUUGCAUGCAGAUAUCCCAGAUUCUAUCUCCAGCAUAUCUGAGUAGAGCUGGGAAAGAACCCUGUCUAAAAUCCUGGAAAGCUGCUGCCAGCCAGUGUAGGUAGAGCUGAGUUACAUGGACUGCGUAAGGCAGCUCCGUAUCCGGAAAGUUAAGUGUGAAUUGAGAAUUGCAGCCUGAAAUGGAGCAUUUUUUUAAAGGUAAAACCUGUUGUGUUCAGUUUGCAAACACCCUUGUUUCGGAGUCCGUACAAGGCAAUUUCCUUUUUUUUUAUAUAUAUAUAAGAUAUUUAUUAAGGUUUUCAAAAUAUUACAAAGUAAAAAUAGAAAAAUACAAAAUAAAAAUAGUUAAAAACAACUCAAUCUUUCCAUUACAUAUUUUUCAUUAGCUUGUUUCCCGGACCUCCUCACCCCUCCCUUUUUUGUAUUCCAAUUCAGUUUGUUGGUUCAGCAAAUCCUUCCCCUCUUUGUUUAUCCUAAUCUUUAAUCUUAAAGUAUUGUAACAUUAAAUUUUUACCUGUUAAUAAUCCAUUUUUCAUAUUCCCUUAUAGUAUUUCAGCUAAAAACCACUUAAUUUCUAUCCAACAUCAUUCUAACAUUCAUUAAUUUUACAAUAUUUCUGUAAAUAAUCUUUAAAUUUAUUCCAAUCUUCUUCCACCGACUCUCGGAUUCUGCCAGUCGUUUCCGCCAGUUCCAUGUAGUCAGUCACCUUCAUCUGCCAUUCUUCCAGAAUGGGUAGAUCUUGUGUCUUCCAAUACUUUGCAAUGAGUAUUCUUGCUGUUGUUGUGGCAUACAUAAAAAAAGUUCUAUCCUUCUUUGGCACCAGUUGGCCGACUAUGCCCAGGAGAAAGGCCUCUGGUUUCUUCAAGAAGGUAUAUUUAAAUACUUUUUUUCAAUUCAUUGUAGAUCAUCUCCCAGAAAGCCUUAAUCCUUGGGCAUGUCCACCAAAGGUGGAAGAAUGUACCUUCAGUUUUUUUACAUUUCCAACAUUUGUUAUCGGGCAAAUGGUAGAUUUUUGCAAGCUUGACUGGAGUCAUGUACCACCUGUAUACCAUUUUCAUAAUAUUCUUCUUAAGGCAUUACAUGCCAUAAACUUCAUACCUGUGGUCCAUAACUGUUCCCAGUCAGCCAUCAUUAUGUUAUGUCCAACAUCUUGUGCCCAUUUAAUCAUAGCAGAUUUCACCAUUUCAUCCUGAGUAUUCCAUUUCAACAGCAAGUUAUACAUCUUUGAUAAAGUCUUAGUUUUGGGUUCUAACAGUUCUGUUUCUAAUUUUGAUUUUUCCACCUGGAAGCCAAUUUUCUUGUCCGAAUUAUAUGCCUCCAUUAUCUGAUAAUAAUGAAGCCAAUCUCGCACUUUGUUUUUUAGUUUCUCAAAACUCUGCAAUUUCAAUCUGUCUUGUACAAGGCAAUUUCCUGUACUCUUAAUAUCUGGCAGGUAGAAAUUGUUGCUUUGAGGAGGGGCUGUUCAUGUACUUACUUUCCGUUUAUUGGAAGUGCAGUAAAUGCACAAAUGUGUUUGUUUUCCAUCUGUUAAUCGUUGAACGAUAUCUUCCACUUAAGUGGGAGAUGGAAUUGGCUCCUCUCUCCACCCCUCCUCAAGUUCAGUAGAGGUGAGAUGACAGUGGGAUUUAGGUGAGAGAAUGUAUUUAGAUAAGUCUAGGCUGCCAUACAGUGUGGAGUGGGUGUGUAAUUCUGAAUCUUACAUUUCUUAUUCAUGGAUUAUUCAUUUACAUGUUAUGAAUGUCUCUUCUGAGUUUUACUAAGAGUAGACACAACUGGCUGUAAAGAUAGCAUGUCGCGGUUAAGAUAAUCUCAUCUCUGAAAAUUUGAAGGCAAUCUACUCUGACUUAGUUGAGUACCACCUCCCUGAUACAUUAAAUAAUUUUGCAUUGUUUUCAAGUAAACAGACCCUACUUUGCAUUGAAGAGGCUUGCUGCUGCUAAAAUGGAAAACACCCAUUGAUCAUUAUAGCAUUAGAAAUAUCAUACAACAGCAGUUAAUUUGAACAUAAAAAAGAUUGUCCAGUAUCUGAAGAAGUGUGCAUGCACACAAAAGCUUAUACCCAGAACGAACUUAGCUGGUCUCUAAGGUGCUACUGGACAAUUUUUUUAAAAAAAUUAUUUAUUUUGACUGCAUUAGACCAACAGGGCUACCACCUGAAAAUAAAAAAUAUUGUUAUAAUUUAAUAAUCUAGGGAAGUGCUCCUGCAUACAACUGAGAGUUUAAAUAAAAAUAAACACUUCAAAAGAAAUAUUCCUGCUUCAUUAAAUUAAUACACACAAUGUAGUUUUAAAUACGUGCAUAACUGAGAUGGGAAGAUGCUGGAAGAUAAGGACUCUGAUAGGUUACAGUCUUCUGGGGGUGAGGCUAUUUCUGUAAUUUUCAGUCACUUAAGCAUCUGCUAAGUACUGAUCUUUUAACAUAUCUUGUCAGAAAUUUCCUGUUGCACGUCACUUGUGGCAAAACCCUAGAAAAACACAAUGCAGAACGACGCUGGAGAAUUUGUGGAUCUCUACGUUCCUCGUAAAUGGUGUGUAUUAAUUUAUCCAUGGAAAUUACCAGUCUGCCUUGGGCAACUUGAAGAAAAUCAUGGCACAUUUGGGCAUGGGGUUAAAUCAUGGCUUUAGCCAUACAAUAACGCUCCUUGGGCUCAAGUGCUCCCAACCUGACUUCCUGGCAUGACUGGAGGAAGAGCACAGGAGCUUCCGCAGUUCAGUGUGUCAUCCAACCUGAGACAAGCUGGUUAAUAUUAAGUACAGAUACCUGAAGCAAGCUAGCUUGAUAAACUAUAACUUGAAGUUGGCUUUGUUUCAACUGCCCAUAGUUAAGAUUGAGCACAGUAUGUCCAGGUUUGGUGACAUAGCAAGCUGCAGUUUAUCUUAAACAGAAACAAAAGCUUCCAAACUUCUACUUGUGUUCAUGCAGAUUGAGGGAGUGUGUGAGCCCAAGGCUCGCUGGGGUUCAUUCUUAGAAUACCAAACUAUGGUUUACUGAUGUGUCAGUUGCUAUGUUAGCAUGGAGUUGUGGGUUUUGGGGGGAGGGUGUGGGGGUUACACCUUUAGGUGCCAGGAAAAAAACAUUCGUCUUCAACCAAGCCUUUGGCUGAUUAACAUCUGAUAAACCUUUUAAAUGUGUUGUCAGAGGGGGGUUCUUGGUUUGUUCUUGUUUUUUAUAUUGUAUUUUUACGUUGUGAACCACCCUGCGAUCUACAGAUGAAGGGUGGUAUGCAAAUUUAAUAAACAAGAAUAAUAAGAUUGAGCUAUUUGGCUGCUACAGCAGAAAAAAAGAUGAUUGCAUAGAUAGGUGCAUGCACCUGCCAGCUCAACUGUAGUAAAGGUAAGGUGGUUACAAGCAGGAUUUAAGAUACAGAAAGGCUAAGUUGAGGAUUCCAGAAAGAGAUAUGUCCAGGGCUUUAGUUCCAUGUAUUUCAAGAGUGCAGGGGGUGUCCCAGGCAUGCCAAGAGUGGGUGCAGCUGCUGUAAGACUAUGGUGGUUGUCUUCAGUGCAAGAUUUUCUAGCCGUGAACUUUUAUAUAUUUUCAUGGGGCUUCUUAUCUUCCCUUCAGCUCUGCUAGCAACCGGAUAAUUGGUGCUAAAGACCAUGCCUCCAUCCAGAUGAAUAUUUCUGAGGUGAGUAAAAUAUAAUUAAUUAGAAUAUACAAGUUGAAAGACGUUAAUGAAUGUGUUUUCUUUUUGGUACUGAAUUUCAUUUUAAUGAGGCUUGUAACCUGCCACUUGCCUGGGUUGCUGACUUUAUGUAAAAAAUGAAUUCCUAGCUCCAAUGGGCUUAUUAUGGCUACAGUAGGAAGAAGCCUUAAGUGUAAAAAGUUGGUUAAGCAUUGAUCUAACACAAGGCCACAUGGAGUUGACUGCAGUCACAAAGAGAACCAGUGUUGGUUACAACAUGGUGUCCCUGCAUAAUGUGCAGUUUUCUUUCACUCCUUUCUGCCUUUUGUGAUCUGGCCCUGAGUAUUAAAAGUUACAGCAGCGUAGCAAUAAUCACUGUUGCUUCUCUCAGGCUCCUGGGUCCAGAGGGCAUGGGACUGUAGAAUUACUUCCUUUGCUAGACUUCCUGCUGCAGGUGAAAAUAAAUUACAGGGUCUGCUUCCUGUAGCAAGCAGUAUUGAGAGAACAGCAUUCAUGGUCCAAAGGAAGCACAUUGGGGGGGGGGGGGCUUAUUUAUUUAAACAUAAACCUCAAAGCAGUUUAUAAAAAUAUAAGACAAUUAAAGCAAGGGGUAGGUCACAUUCCUUCCCUGCCAUUCUUUUGCUUUGAACUCUGGGUGCUGUUGGUCUAAUACUGCUUGCUGCAUGACUUUUUGUUUUUAUUCAUAAAAGUUAGUAUCAUCUGUUCCAUUGCUUCCCUUUGUGUUUUAAACAAAUUUCUAUUAAUUUUUGGAUGUAUUGUGGAUUAAUAGAAAUGAAAAAUUAAUCCUUUUGUGUACAUGGGACAUGGCUGACAUUUGUCCCAGAUUUCAGUAAUCCAGUAAAUCUGGGCAAACACAUUUUUCAUACAUAUUUAAACUAUUAAUUUGCUUUCUGUAAAUUCCCUGGUUAGAUUUGUAAGGGGUUCACUGCCGAUAAUUGGUAUCUUCUAUGCAUUGUGUUUUCCAGUAUAACUGCACAACAGUUAACAUGUUGAAAUGCAGUCUUGAUUCCCAUUUCAGGUUGAUAAAGUCACAGGCAGAGUCAAUGGCCAAUUCAAAACUUAUGCAAUUUGUGGAGCAAUUCGCAGAAUGGUAAGUAUGCACUUAAAAUGGUUUCUCUUCCCCAGUAGUAUAACUUCUGUUGUCUUUCCACCUCAGUGUUUGGCUGUUGUGGGGGGUGGUCUCACUACAUGUUGGGUCUUCUUUUAUAAAAACUGCAGCUCGCAAUUUAAUUUGACAUAUUUUACUGGUACCUUAUGAGUAGCAGCUCAUUUAAGGUUAAGAGACUAGAUCUUGGAGUUAAUUCUGUUUUAAAUAAGGAAAUUGUUAUCCUCUGGGUUGUGAGAGUAAUGUAAAGGGGCUCUUUACACUAGUAACAUUUAAACAUCCUUUCUCCAGGACUUUCAGUUGCUGGACUGCAGUGCUAGGCACAUUUACUUAGAAGUAACACACAUGGAAAUCAAUAAAUAUAUUUAUGAUUGGGCUUUUAGUCUUUCAUGUUUAACUCAUGAGGUGUGUAUGGAAAACAGAUUUGCAAGCAGUAUCAAAUUCUUACAUGAACUUGUACUAGAUUAACAUAAGCAAAUAUGAACAGAGCUGGAUACCACUGCAGGGAUUACUAAGUACCAUCUUCGUGGACUGUUCUGAAGCUCUUCAUUUGUCUCAAAAUAUGGUUGAUGAAUUAACUCACAGUGGCAUUCAAGAGUUCUCUGUUCUCUGUGUGUGCAAUAAUUUUUUGCAAGUUCCCUCUAUCAGUAAAUGAAUAGGCUACCAUGAAUAGUUGCACCUGAAAGAAGCAAUCAUUCCUUCUGUAUUACACACCAUCAUUCUGGAAUGAAUAGAGUGAACCUUAAUUUGAAGUCAUUUCAAGACAGUGGGCUACACUACUACUUAGUAAUGUAAUUCUGUCACAGGGAGGUAAGCAGUGUUGAAAACUGAUAGUUACCAUCUUAGAAUAACAUUUAGUGACCAAACCACAUCUGGUUGGCCACUGAGAAUGGGAUACUGGACUAGAUGGGCCAUUGGCCUGGUCCUACUGGUUAUUCUUACGUUCUUGUAAGAAUCUGACUAAGGCACCCAUUAAAAAAUUGUUAAGCAGGCCAGUAUUGUGAAAAUAGCCUAACCACAUUGUGUCCAAGUUUAUUCAAAAGCAAGAUCCAUAGUAUUAAGUUGUGCUUACUCACAGGUAAGUAUUCAUAAGAAUCAUUGCCCUCCCUUCUACUGAGGAAAAAGGAAAGCAAAUCAGUUGUGUACCCUACCCUGGUCAAGUGUUGGCUUGUGCAUUCCAAAAACCGAUUGCAGGAGAGCAUCUUAAAGCUCUGUAUGUAGAGCACUUUGAACAGGCCUUUGCCACUCAGUUAAACUUAUUUUCUCUGUUUCAGGGGGAAUCUGAUGACUCAAUCCUGCGCCUUGCAAAGAACGAUGGUAUAAUAUCCAAGUAAGUUUUGUUGAAUCUCAUAUCUCUCUCUCGGGUACUAAUGCAGCUGUGCAUUCUCAGUUUGCCAGCUUCUUGUGCUGUUUUGCUAAGCUUAAUAUGUACAUUUGUAACUGUUUCUUUUCCUUUUCCAGGAAUUUCUAAAGCAUGAUGAAGAAGCAUGAUGUGAAAUUUGUUAUAAAAUAAAACUGUUGGAAAACACCUAAAGUUCAGUGUGUCAUUUCAGCUCGUAACAGGUGAAACUGUUAAAAGAGGCUAAUUCUGAAGAUAACAGCAUUGUUGAUAUGGAUUACAUAGGGCAAUUUAAAUGGAUUCUUUUUAUAUUAAAAAAAAUAGGCUUGUGUUUGUGAUAGAUUGCAAUGGUAAUACUUAACAGCUAAAAUAGA